CUUCUUGGUGUGAAAGUCUUCUCAAAGUGGAGGGUAAAGCAUCUCCUCCACACCUUCAUAUCCACCAAACAUCUGGAGUCUGUUUUCCCUGCAUCCUACUCGGUUCUCCUUCCUCAGUGCUGUCGGCUUUGAGUUUACCACCUGGCAGCCACAGGUUUAAAAAUGGGGACCAGAGGACUCCUUUUUUGUUUUGUUCUGUGUCUGGUCUUGUUCAGGAUCUACAGCAUAAAUGUCUUGGAAAACAUGAAGGAUCUAAAAGAAAAAACAGACUUCGGUAAACAUUAUCCAAGACAAGGGCUUGAGCUUCUGUGCUGGCUUCUCAGCCAGGGUAAAAUCGACCAAAAUGGAAAACUACGACUCAAUUUCAAUCCAGCAGAAAAUGUUUUUAGCUUUCAUAUGUAUAAAAAUUAUGAACAUAGCUUACCAGACCUGUCUAAUACAGAUUUCCAGUAUUUUAGUUUGGGCAAUCUCAUUAAGGGCAAAGACUUACCUCACUAUAUUACUAAGGUGUUCUGCAAUGAAAAGAAUCAUCCCAAAAGUAACAUUGACCGAGUUCUGAUAACAAUUCGCAAGAAGGUUCCAACAGUAGUGGAUGAAGUGUUUAUUACACAGCACCAUGAGGACAGAAAACAAGGCAGCGCUUAUGUUAAAGAUCUUACCUACAAGAUUGGCAAAGAGCUGCUCAAAGAAAUUGCAGAGUUAUGUCAAGAUGACGAGGACAGCAGGGAUCGAAACCCUGAUCAAAAUGAUCCUGAUUAUGAAAGAUUUCUGAAAAUACAACAACUGUUUCCAAACACUCCACACCUCCAUUUGUUUUUGUACCAGGCAGGCUACAAUCCUGAUAACAACGUCAAAAAACAUGGAACAUCAAAAUCUCCAGACAAAUCAGACAAACUAAAGCUUGAGCUGAGAUCCUCACCGAAUGGGCAGGUGAGGAUUGUAUGGGACUGGAUCCCAAAAGAAAUGAUGGAAAGGGAGAUGAAAAUAAGCAUUUACAAAGGCAAAGAUGAGGACAAGCCUUUGGUGGAGUAUCCACUUAAUGGAAGGUUGUGUGGAGAAAUAGACACUCACUUGAUUCCAAAUCCUGACCUUGAACUUCGUCUUCAACCCAUCACCAAUUUUGAAACCUUUGAAAAUAAUGAGCGUGAAAGUGACUAUACAGUACCUAAAGCUGUGGAGGUGUCAUUCUUUACUUUCAGCAGUUUGUUUUCUCUGGUCCUCUAUCCUUUCAGUAGUUUGUUUUCUCUGGUCCUCUAUCCUUUCAGUAGUUUGUUUUCUCUGGUCCUCUAUCCUUUCAGUAGUUUGUUUUCUCUGGUCCUCUAUCUUUUCAGUAGUUUGUUUUCUCUGGUCCUCUAUCCUUUCAGCAGUUUGUUUUCUCUGGUCCUCUAUCCUUUCAGCAGUUUGUUUUCUCUGGUCCUCUAUCUUUUAAGCAGUUUGUUUUCUCUGGUCCUCUAUCUUUUCAGUAGUUUGUAUUCUCUGGUCCUCUAUACUUUCAGCAGUUUGUUUUCUCUGGUCGUGGUAAUUGAACUUGUUAGAAGGUUGAUUCCUGGAUUGACUGAACCUAGACCGAGAGCCGAACCUCCCUUUGUGAGUGUGUCACAUGGUAGGCCUGGUUUCUGAAAUCAUUUUUCCCCAUUAUGACCCAAAUUUAAACAGAACAGAUUAAUUAUAAGUGAAGAGGUGAUCAGCCCCAACCUCUUUCACACUUCUUCACACCACUCUAGAUUAGUGCUGCUUUUGUGCUUGGCUGCUUCUUUGUAAUUUGAUGUGGACACCAAAAAACUUGGACUGGUGGAAUAUGAUUUGAGAAAAUAGGUUAUUAAAAUGUUAAAAGAAGGUGUUAAAUGUCUUAUGGAACCAAUCACAUUUCUGCCUUAGGCAUUACUGCUGAAGAAUUUUUGUACUCUGAUACCCCUUUUCCACCAAAAAGACCCGGGUGCUGGUUCAGAGCUAGUGCUGGUGCUGGUUCAAAGUUGGUUCCACUGGCGAACCGUCUAAGAACCGGUUUGCCUUUCCAUCGGUUAGAGAGCGUCACAGAGCCGAGUCUGACGUCACUGUAUACGUGUCACGUUACACAGCAACGUUAACGUUGCAGCGGCAAACACACACACAUCAUCAACAAUGGCGGAUGUUGCUUUACUGUUAAUGCUCAUGGCUUUGUGAACCUACAUUAACACCCAAACGCGGCGAAUCCAACGUGUACGUGCAGCUCCAUGUAAUCUGUAUAAACGGAGGUUGUAAUGGAGAAAGUACAUAACGUUAUUUUAUCAUUAACACAGAAAAAAGUUAGCAUUAGCAUGUAGCUACUUACUAUAAUGUGUGCUGAUAAUGUAUCAUAUUGCGGUAAAGUAAAAGUGUAUUAAACAUUAGUAAACUUAAGAUACAUUAUCAAAUGUGCUAACAGUAGCCCCGCCCACAGCCCCUACUUAAGGUACAUUAUCAAAUGCGCUAACAGUAGCCCCGCCCACAGCCCCUGAUGCAAGCGAUUCUUGAGUCUAGACCAGCAACAUUUUGGUGCUACUUAAGAACCACUUUUCCUGGUUCAGGGCCGGUGCUUUGGCUGUCAAAUAAAAAUUAGGCUCCGAACCAGCACUCAAACUGCCUCGAGUGGGGCAUUAUUAAUCCACCUGCCAAGUCGGGCUACAAAACUGAAGUUACACAUUUUAGCCAGAGAGUUCUAGAAAAUCUCUAAGAUUUACAUACUCAAGGUUCUCUGUAACAUAUAGAAACUUUAGAUUCUUUAGAUUUCUAUUUUAAAAAUGUUCUCAUUUCUAAUAUUUUAUUGCACUUACUUACUUAGUUUAUUUAUAAAGCACUCUUUUUAAAAACAAUAAGUGUUUGCCAAAGUGCUAUGUGCUAUGCAAUAUCUGAAUAAAUCGUGAAAGAUUUCCAGGGGAUAUAAAACUAUGAGCUGCUCAUAUUAUUUAACCCAAUUUUUUAUGCAUUGUAAACUGACAUUGAUGGUGAAAAAAAUUUAUCCUGGUUGCAUUUUAUACAUCACAAACAUGCCAUUAUAACAGGGGUGUAUAGACUUUUUGUAAAGUUUGUAUUGAGAAUGUCAGUGUAAUGACAGAUUAUACACAUACAGUAUUGAAUGAUUUUUGUUGAAUGCAAAUUUUAAACGUUUCUGGUUUUCAAUUUCUGAUUUAGACACAUUCACAAAUGAUGAACCUGUUCUGAACAGAAUAUUAUUUUAACCAACACAACUCAAAAGCUGCGGCCCAACAGACUCCGACUGACAACUUAAGUUACAAAGGUUUUUAAAACUGUUUUGGUUGCCUUGUGUCUCAUGUUUCUGUUCAAAUCAGAAAUAAAAUAAAUAUACUCAGAAAAACUGAAAAGAAUAGGCCACUUUACUGUGGGACUAAAAUACAACCUAUUUACAGUCUAGGUUGAUCUCUUGGGAAAUAACAAAUAAGAUUUAAAAAGGCUUUAACAAGGAUAAACAAUUAACAGUUCUGCUGUUGUUACUACAGCUGCUGAUACUAAAGCUUACUACAGCUGCUGAAACUUCCACUUUAGGAAUGAACUAAAUUUGUAAAGUUCGUCGCGACAAACUUUGAUGUUGGCUUUGACGAUGCAAGUAUUCGCGAAGGCCAGUGCUUUUUGGAGGGGGUGGACAUAAGGGUCAGUGUUACUUUUGGAGGCAAGUGGACAGAAAGAUAGGGUGCAAAAACAUUUUGAGGCAAGUGGAGAUGAGCAUGUGGCGUCAUCCGAAUACUCCUGAGGAAGUUCCCCCGACUGUUCUGAGUGUUUUGAUAUGUCACAUGUCCAUGUUGUAAAAAGUUUUUUGAUUUUGCAUAUAUUGGGGCGGGACAACCGAAAGUCCAGUCAGUACACCAAAUUAAAACUUUUAAUCGUAAUGCAAAGACCGGUCAUCGGGACAUAAGCGGUCAUGUACAAUAAAAGAGCCUGUGCAGUGACAGGAAAUAUAAUUUAACGCAAAAAGCCGCCUAGACGGUGGACUUGCGCUCAGGAGUUUUUUUUUUGUUUUUUUUUAGCGGCGUGUGGACGAAUUCUUUCUACACACACACUAUUUUAUUUCUUGAUAACAGACCGCUGCGAACUAUAACACACCGUUGCAUGAAAAACAGAGCAUUGCCAUGGACACACAGGAUUCUAACUGUAGAGACGGAGCGCACUAUUUUCUUUAGCGGAAGCAAUACAAUUGUUUUUAAAUCAAUAAAAUUAACACUAAUUAACACAAUACCUAAUUAUAUCAUUAUUUUCUUUCUUUCUUUCUUUCUUUCUUUUUUUAUUUCAUGCUUUCACUGGAAACACGCUGAUGAUUAAAGAAUAUGUGUUCAUGCAGAUAUUUGAAUGCAUUUGAUUUAAUCGCUUUGGAUGAAGCUUCUGCUAAAUGAAUGACUGAAUAUAAAUGUAAUGCAGUUGCAAAAAAAAUGCACUUGAACAGAAUUUCUAACAAUAAAAUAUAUGAAUCUAAUGAAAUAAC